AUGAUUUCAUCAGAUGAUGAUCAACAACAUAAAGAAGCAGUUAGAUUAGCCAUGAUGAAUUUACCAUCCGAAAAAGAAGAAGAGAUCAUUGAUGAUUCAAAUGAUGAUGAGUUUCUUGAUAUUCCAAAAGAUAAACCUGGUGUGGCCGGUAGAGCAAUCAAAAGCUUCAAUGAAUUUGAUCAACCUGUCUUGGUGAAUGCUAAACAAUAUGAUCGGAUCAUCCAAAGACGAGCUGCUAGAGCCAGAUUAGAAGAAUUAGGAAGGUUAUCAAGAGAAAGAAAGCCUUAUCUUCAUGAAUCUCGUCAUAAACAUGCAAUAAGCCGUCCUAGAGGAGCUAAAGGUCGGUUUAUGACUAAAGAAGAAAUGUUGGCAAAUGGAAUUAAUACUGUUGAGAAUGCUACUUGA